ACCCCACAACGGUGGGACGCAGUAUACGCCUCUCCUCCACCCGGCAAUCCCCACCGCCCCGGAAGAGGAAAGAAUCGAGGCGUUAGAAGCGCAGCUUCCUCUUCCCAGUGGCCCCGGAGCUCCAUCCAUUUCAUGCGUGGGAGGAGAGCGCCGGGCUUGGAGGCAGGAGAUGGUACUCCUGGCAAGCGUGAGAUCCCGGGGGGCGCCCGGCGUAUGGCUAUGGAGCCUCUGGAGGUGCCGGGCGCUCCCGCCGAUAGAGAAGCGUUUGGCAUCCCCAGCGCUGAGUGAACUUUCCACGGCUUCCCGAGGCAGGCUGCGAGUUGGUUGGUGUAGAGCAGCAGGAUCGUUCUCUAGGAUCGCGGGAAGCAAGCAGAUCCUGUUUCCCCGUGUGGAGUCUGUUUGCUAUUUCAGCACGUCAUCCCUCCAUGAAAAUUCUGAAUAUGGAAGACUAGUUUACCGGGGGAAUUUGGCAAGAACUGUUCUAGGAGUGAAGUUUUUCUCUUAUUCUACCAGCAUGUUCAGCCUCUGCAUUAUGCCCAUCAUUUUCAAAAGUGGUCUGGGUGUGGACAGCCUGCUGUUACAAAUGGCCUUUUAUAGUAUUAUCGGAUUAUUUACCUUUAUAACACCAGUCACCCUGCAUUUAAUUACAAAGGGCUACGUAAUUCGAUUGUACCAUAAGUCUGAAACGGAUACCUACACAGCCAUUACAUACAAUGCUAUUUUGGCGGAAAAGAAAACUGUCUUCCAUCAAAACGAUGUGAAGAUUCCAGACAUCAGCAAGAUGUUCACAACAUUUUAUGCUAAAACAAAAUCCAUGCUUGUUAACCCAAUGCUUUUUCAAUAUCCACAGGACUUUAGUCAUCUAAUGGGUUAUGACAAACCUUUCAGAUUUGACUUGGAAGAACCAAAAGAGUCUGAUAAAUGCAAAUAGAAUUCUGAAACGGAUUGUGUAUAAAAAAUGUUUGUCCACUAAAAUUUCCCAACAUUUCAGAUUACAAAAUCCUAAAGCCCUUUUCUUCAUUAAAAGUAGUGUGUUUAUUAAAAUUUGCUCA